AUGUCCGGCAUCGGCGGCAAAGGCGGCAAAGGAGGCAAGGGUGGCAAGGGUGUGACCGCCAAGCGGGCGCCGCAGUCGCGAUCGCAGCGCGCUGGGCUUCAGUUCCCUGUGGGUCGUAUCCAUCGCUUCCUGAAGAAGCGCGUGGCCAACAACCAGCGCGUGGGCGCCACUGCGGCCGUGUACGCCGCCGCCAUCAUGGAGUACCUGACGGCCGAAGUGCUGGAGCUGGCGGGCAACGCCUCCAAGGACUUGAAGGUCAAGCGCAUCACGCCGCGCCACCUGCAGCUGGCCAUCCGCGGAGACGAGGAGCUGGACACGCUGAUCAAGGCCACGAUCGCCGGCGGCGGUGUCAUCCCUCACAUCCACAAGAACCUUAUCACCAAGCAGAACAAGAAGCGGAUGCCGCUGUAA